GGGGGGCAGUAAGCAUUUUGAGUUUAAACAACUAAAAUUCUGUUUACUUCCGAUUAACAGUUUAACUGCCUCUGAAUGGCACAGCCGUGCAAAUAAAGGCAUCAAAUAUGGAGUCCAUUGAGGAGGGCGGAGUCAGCGUCGGUGGCUCUGUGGGAGAGGAGAAUUACUUCCUAGGAUACACCUUCACUGACCGCUCACACUCCAGCCGCGUGGUGAAGAGCAUCAUGAGCCUGUGCCUGGAGGACGGCCUGUUCGCAGAUGUCACCAUCACCGUGGACGACAGGGAGUUUCACCUGCACAGGCUGGUUCUGUCAGCGCAAAGCAGCUUCUUCCGCUCCAUGUUCACCUCCAACCUCAAAGAGUCCCACAACCGCUCCAUCGAGCUGAAGGACGUGAGCGCCUCCGUCUUCCAGCUGCUGAUCGACUACAUCUACCACGGCACCAUUAAGCUGCGGGUGGAGGAGCUGCAGGACACCUAUGAGAUGGCCGACAUGUACCAGCUGACAGCUCUGUUUGAGGAAUGCUCGCGCUUCCUCUCGCGGACGGUGGAGGUCAAGAACUGUUUGCAGGUGAUGUGGCUCGCAGACAGACACAGUGAUCAGGAGCUGUAUACAGCAGCCAAGCAGUGCGCUAAAAUCCACCUGGCUCAGCUGCAUCAGACCGAAGAAUAUCUCAAUCUGCCCCUCUGUCUGCUACUGGACAUCAUCAAGGAUGGAGUUCCCAGCUCCCAGAACCCAACGACGGCCAUCGAGUCUUGGAUAAACCAUAACAAGGUUGAGAGGGAGGAGUUCUCCUGCCUCCUCCAGGAGAAUCUGAAGGAAAUUGGGGAAAACGUCCACAUUUAUCUGAUCGGUAAAGAGGAGACCAGGACUCACUCCCUGGCGGUGUCGCUGCAUUGUGACGAAGACGACGCCAUCAGCGUGAGCGGCCAGAACAGCCUGUGCCAUCAGAUCACUGCCGCCUGUAAACAUGGUGGGGACCUGUACGUGGUGGGGGGGUCCAUCCCCCGCCGCAUGUGGAAGUGCAACAUGCACACCAUGGACUGGGAGCGCUGUGCCCCGUUGCCUAGAGACCGCCUCCACCACACUAUGGUUUCUGUGAGCUCUGAAGACGCCAUCUACUCCCUGGGAGGCAAGACGCUGCAGGACACGCUGUCCAACGCCAUCAUUUACUACACGGUGAAGGACAACGUGUGGACAGAGACCAGCCAGUUGGACACCGCCGUUUCCGCCGCCGCUGGCGUCAACCUGGGAGGAACCAUUUACCUGCUCGGAGGGGAGGAGAACGACAUGGACUUUUUCACAAAGCCGUCUCGUCUCAUUCAGUGCUUUGACACCUCCUCCCAGAAGUGUCAGAUCAAGCCCUACAUGCUGCCGUUCGCAGGCUGCAUGCACGCCGCCGUCCACAUGGACGUGAUCUUCAUCGUUGGAGAAGGGGACUCGUUGGUGUGCUACAACCCUCUGCUGGAGAGCUUCACACGGUUGCGCUUCCCAGAGGUGUGGAGCUGCAUCCCUUCUCUGUGGAAGGUGGCGAGCUGUAACGGCUGCAUAUACGUCUUCAGAGACAAAUGUAAGAAAGGUGACGCAAAUACGUUAAAGUUUAACCCCGCCACAUCUGUGGUCUCAGUUAUCAGAGGUAUAAAGAUCCUCCUAACGAACUGGCAGUUUGUGCUGGCCUAAGCUGCCCUACAUUUACCACUCUAUGUUCCGUAGUCAUCGCAAUAAAUCAGAAAACAGACUCAGAGUGUGACUCAGAGUGACUUCAUUCCAUCAUAUUGAAAAUCUAAACAUCAGUCGCUUCUGUUCUAGUGUUGCUGUGGAUCAAUUAGCUGAGUAAACACUGUGACCAGAGAUGAACAUUGUUUCCUGUGCGCUUAACAUUUAUAACAUCAUGCAUGAACUGCUUUGAACGUGCUGGUCGGUAAAAGUUCCUCACUGCAUUCUAAACAUUAGGCUGCUAAAAAAAUGGCUAAAUAUUCACACAUGUUAAGUCUGUAAAGAUAUUAUCAGGGAAUGUUUUGUAAGAUUUCAAGUUUUGCAUCUUUUUUAUGUGUGCAAUUCUGGUUCAAGUUGAUGUGCUACGAUAAAUGGUAAAACAUCUUGGUAAA